UGGGAAUAGGGUGUUCGGUCCUCUGGGUGGUGGAGCCGGGGACUUUACAGGAGGUGGUUCUGAGACGAGUCCGUGCAUGAUCAAGUCGGAGGACCAGGUUCAGAGGGCUGGCUUUCGCGAUCCAGGGCCUGCCUAUGUUGGCCCUUUCUGUUUUAAUAACGGACUAAUGCUGGGCGAAAAGGACUUGUUAUCUUGGUUGUUGGCGCAGAGGAAAGCCCCUGGGCCUCAGGAAUCACCCAAACUGGAGUUCUAAUCCUGUUCGCUCUGGGUGACCUUGGAAAAACACAACCUAUUUUGAAGUGAGAAGCUGUCCACUGUGUGUCCUGUGCAGGAUCACUAAUGGUUACCUAGCAUUUCUGCUACACAGGCAGGUCCUCAGGGUUUGUGCCAGCUUGCAAACAUGUUCACUGUGUCUCAGACCUCAAGAGCAUGGUUCAUCGAUAGAGCCCGGCAGGCACGAGAAGAAAGGCUGGUGCAGAAGGAGCGGGAGCGUGCGGCUGUGGCGAUUCAGGCCCACUUCCGCAGUUUCCUCCGUCGGAGUCAACUGCAGAAAGACAUCAGGAAAGAGAUUGAUGAAUUCUUUAAAGCUGAUGACUCUGGAUCCAGUAAGAGAAGUGCACUUUGUAUUUUUAAGAUUGCCAGGAAACUGCUGUUCAUAUUCAAAAUUAAAGAGGAUAAUGAGAGAUUCGAGAAGUUGUGUCGCUGCAUCCUGAGCAGCAUGGAUGCUGAGAGCGAGCCCAAGGUAUGGUAUGUGUCUCUGGCUCUUUCCAAGGAUCUCACUCUCCUGUGGAUUAAACAGAUCAAGGACAUUCUGUGGUAUUGCUGUGAAUUUCUUGAGCAGCUCAAGCCUGAAAUCUUGCAAGACUCCAAACUCAUCACGCUGUACCUCACGAUGCUUGUCACCUUCACAGACACAUCAACAUGGAAAAUUCUCUGGGGAAAAGGUGAGAGCCUUCGACCAGCCAUGAACCACAUUUGUGCAAAUAUAAUGGGACAUCUCAACCAGCAUGGCUUUUAUUCUGUGCUGCAGGUAUUGUUAACCCGAGGCCUAGCCAGAUCCAGGCCUUGUCUGUCCAAAUCCACCUUAACAGCAGCCUUUUCUCUAGCACUGCGCCCUGUGAUUGCUGCACAAUUUUCAGACAAUCUGAUUCGGCCCUUCCUCAUUCACAUCGUGUCUGUGCCUGCUCUUGUGACUCAUCUCAGCACAGUGACCCCUGAGCGUCUCACUGUUUUAGAAUCUCAUGACAUGCUCCGUAAAUUCAUCGUAUUUUUAAGAGAUGAAGGUCGAUGCCGUGACAUAUGUGAAAGUUUAGAAGGAUGCCAUACGCUUUGCCUAAUGGGCAACCUCCUACAUUUGGGCUCCCUCAGCCCCAAAGUGUUAGAGGAGGAAACUGAUGGGUUUGUGAGUCUACUCACCCAGAUGCUGUGCUACUGUCAGAAGUAUGUGUCCCAGAAGAAAUCCAACCUGACUCACUGGCACCCUGUCCUCGGCUGGUUCUCCCAGUCUGUGGAUUAUGGUCUCAACGAGUCCAUGUAUUUGAUCACCAAACAGCUGCAGUUCCUGUGGGGAGUGCCUCUUAUCCGCAUCUUCUUCAGUGACAUCCUCAGCAAGAAACUGCUGGAGCACCCCGAGCCAGCCCCCACACAGCCAGCAUCCCCACAGAAUGUGCUCCCAGUGAAGAGUCUCCUCAAGCGUGCAUUUCAGAAAUCUGCAUCGGUUCGGAAUAUCCUCAGGCCUGUCGGGGGUAAACGUGUGGAUUCUGUGGAGGUACAGAAGGUUUGCAACAUCUGUGUCCUCUACCAGACCUCGCUGACAACUCUAACCCAGAUCCGCCUGCAGAUCCUCACAGGUCUCACUUACCUUGAUGACCUGCUGCCCAAACUGUGGGCAUUUAUCUGUGAGCUGGGGCCCCACGGAGGGUUAAAGCUCUUCUUGGAAUGCCUGAACAACAACACUGAAGAGUCCAAGCAGCUCUUGGCCAUGCUGAUGCUGUUCUGUGACUGUUCCCGACACCUUGUCACGAUCCUUGAUGACAUUGAAGUUUAUGAAGAACAAAUUUCAUUCAAACUGGAAGAGCUGGUUACCAUCUCCUCUUUUCUGAAUUCCUUCGUGUUUAAGAUGAUCUGGGAUGGAAUCGUAGAAAACGCCAAGGGUGAGACCUUGGAGCUGUUCCAAUCUGUACACGGGUGGCUGAUGGUGCUCUAUGAGCGGGACUGCCGGCGGCGCUUCGCCCCUGAGGACCACUGGCUGCGAAAGGAUCUCAAGCCUAGUGUGCUGUUCCAGGAACUUGAGAAGGACCGAAAACGGGCACAGCUGAUCCUGCAGUACAUUCCUCAUGUCAUUCCUCACAAAAAUAGAGUUCUUCUGUUCCGAAACAUGGUUUCCAAGGAGAAGGAGAAGCUGGGGCUUGUGGAAAGCAGCUCUGCCUCCCCUCAUGUCACUCACAUCACUAUUCGACGGUCCCGGAUGUUGGAGGAUGGUUAUGAGCAGCUCCGGCAGCUCUCCCAGCAUGCCAUGAAGGGUGUGAUCCGUGUGAAGUUCGUCAAUGACCUUGGUGUGGACGAGGCUGGGAUUGACCAGGAUGGUGUUUUCAAGGAGUUCUUGGAAGAGAUCAUCAAGAGGGUGUUUGACCCAGCACUCAAUCUGUUCAAGACAACCAGUGGGGAUGAGAGGCUGUACCCCUCACCCACAUCCUACAUUCACGAGAAUUACCUACAGCUUUUUGAGUUUGUGGGGAAGAUGCUGGGGAAGGCUGUGUAUGAGGGGAUUGUGGUAGACGUGCCCUUUGCCUCCUUCUUCCUGAGCCAACUGCUCGGGCACCACCAUAGCAUCUUUUAUAGCUCCGUGGAUGAACUUCCUUCCUUGGACUCAGAGUUCUAUAAAAACCUCACCUCCAUUAAGCGCUACGAUGGGGACAUCGCGGACCUUGGCCUAACGCUGUCUUACGAUGAGGAUGUCAUGGGUCAGCUUGUCUGCCACGAACUGGUUCCUGGAGGGAAGACCAUUCCUGUUACAAAUGAAAAUAAGAUUAGCUACAUCCAUCUGGUGGCACAUUUUCGAAUGCACACUCAGAUCAAAAACCAGACUGCUGCCCUCAUUAGCGGAUUCCGGCCCAUCAUCAAACCCGAGUGGAUCCGAAUGUUCUCUACCCCUGAGCUGCAGCGUCUCAUCUCCGGUGACAACGCUGAGAUUGAUCUAGAAGAUUUGAAGAAGCACACGGUGUACUAUGGUGGCUUUCACGGAAGCCACAGAGUCAUCACCUGGCUCUGGGAUGUCCUGGCGUCUGACUUCACACCCGAUGAGAGAGCCAUGUUCCUGAAGUUUGUGACCAGCUGCUCCAGGCCCCCCCUCCUGGGAUUCGCCUACCUCAAGCCUCCAUUCUCCAUCCGCUGUGUGGAAGUGUCAGAUGAUCAGGACACUGGGGACACCCUGGGCAGUGUCCUCAGGGGAUUCUUCACCAUCCGCAAGCGGGAGCCAGGGGGCCGGCUGCCCACCUCCUCUACCUGCUUCAACCUGCUGAAGCUGCCCAACUAUAGCAAGAAGAGCGUCCUGCGAGAAAAGCUACGCUACGCCAUCAGCAUGAACACGGGCUUCGAGCUUUCCUAGCCUCAUCCCAGGCCUGCCAGCCGGGCUGCUAGAGACCUUCCACUCCUGGGAGUGUGACCAACAUGCUGGGUGACGUGGGCCGCAGAUCCUCUCUGUGGCCAUGAGACCCCUGUGGCCUCAAAAACUUUAUACACACAUGACAGCACUGCACAGCCUCCUCCAGUGACAGCACUGGGAAGUGGGUGCUGGAAAUAAACCUCCGAUUCCACCCACAUUGGUCCUCUCCCUGCCUUCCAGUGGCCUGAGGCACAGACCUGGCAAUUGCUGAGGUACUUCUCUUUGGUAGUGUGGGCUUUCUGUGUGUCUUUCCUCUCUUUCCCCUGAGUGAGCCAUGUAGGCUGAGUCCCUGGAACUGUGAGGGUCUAGAGUGGUUUCCAUGGUGCGGCUCAGAACACACGAAGCCUACUACACACGCGGUCUUCUUCCCGUUCUGAAACUCUACUCAGGUAAGUCCUUGCUAAGCCGCUAUGCAUCUGACAACGCCCCUGCUCCCAUCCUGUCCACAGCACCUCUUUUCAGGUGGCCAAUCUAGCUGCUGCCCAGGAAUGUUCAGGGCACUACCCUCAGGGUGAAGCCAUGCACUCCACACCACAGCCCUCCUUUCUAAGUCUUCAGCAGGCUUCGCUGCCAGGGAACCCUCACUGGCUCCCAUCCUAUGCAUUCUCGAUGGCAUCCUAGUUCAGGAGAAAGGCCCACCAAUUCUGAAGAGCAGCUCCGUUCCUUGCACACACUGGCCUGGCUGUUACCCAGAGCCAGCUCGUUCCACCUUCUUUCUCUGCUCAUUUGCCCCACUUGUUAUCUAAUGAGGAAGCAAACACUUUUAACCUAAGGUACCUACCCAUCUGGGCAGUGACUUCACUGCAUGGAUUGCAAAAUCCCAAGAAUCUUGGGUCCUGUUGUCUGUACUUCCUCAGCACCAGGAGCCCUUAGCCCUGACAGGCUCAGGAGGCUGAGACCCCCUCACGCCUUUGCACUGCUCUGGGUUGGCAUUCCUAUCUCAUCUUUCCUUUAUGUUUCUUACUUGUUUUUCUUUGGCAGUACUGGGAUUUGAACUCAGGGCCUUGCUAGGCAGGUGCUCUACCACUUGAGCCAUGCCUCCAGCCCUUUUUGUUUUGUUUUUUACUUUGCUUCCUUUUCUGUCCUCCUCUUCCCCCUCAUCAUGAGAACUUUCUCCAGGCCAGGGAGUUGAGGCAUAGGCCUGGGACUACAGCCCCACGCUCUUCCACCUCAUAGAACUCCCUGCACUCCACCCAGCCGAAGCCAGGGUAGAGACCAGGAGUGCUUGGCCCUCCUGUGCUCUUCGGUGCCUGUGGGGCUCACAGCUCUCGUCAAAGCCAAGAGACACCUUCCAGCAAGGAGCCUCGCGUUGUCAGGAAAGCAGGCGAGCUCCGGGUCCGCAGAGUCCAUCAGAGGGGGCAGCUAGCCCAGUGUUGGCAGAAGAUUGCUCUGGGCUUCUGAGAACAGUAUGUGGGCUUUACCUUGGAAAGAUGGAGAGCAACAUGAAGACAGGAAGUGGUAACAAGAUUUGUUAGUAACUGCGGCUCUGUGAACUUGUCACUGUCUUUAAUCGCUGCCUCCUUUGAAGGUAUCUGCUGAACUGACCACGUGUGGACAGUUUGUCCAUAGAUGCUGGUGCCCAAUUAACUGUCCAUCUGCACAAAGAAGAUGGAGCCCAUCUUGAUUUUUAUUGCCUGAGAAUCAGAGCCAGCAGGGAGUUGGGGAAGCAGUGGUUUAUUAAAAGCACCAAUAUCAACUUGACCUGUUGGUUUUCUUGACAAGGAAAUUGUAGUUCCAUUUAAGUUGUUCUUUUUAGCAGAUGUAGUACUGCACUGUCUUAGACACUGAGUCUGCACUUUUACAGUUGGUGUUCAUUGACACCCUGAUGGCUCUUGAUGGCUCUAAAACAUUGUCGGAUUUUUUUGUUUUUGUAGAUAACUUAUGCGUUAAGAUGUUAAAGGCUUUAUUAAAUUUGUACUUGAGCACACUGUGGCUGUGUUCUUUUUUUUUUGACGGUACUAGGGUUUAA